CGUUUGCCCCCAGCACCACCGGCCCUCCCCCUCAUUACCCUCACAGGGGUGGCCUGUUGUGUCCCCAGCUAGCUGACCCCCUAGCAGCAGUUGUCGUGCAGCAGGUGGUUGUUGCAGACUUAUUUAGGAACAACUGAAGCUCCCAGUGUGAACGCACCACAAGUUCCAGACCAGGACCUGGGGUGGGUCGAUCCUCAGACACUAACCUGGACUGAGUCUGAGAUCUGAGUCGAGUCUAGGAGAGUUUUGGACCGAGACCUUUAGCAGCAGGUUCAGGAGCUCGGAUCGAUUUCCCUUCGAUAAACUGCAGACAUGGACGGACAGAACCGGCAGAAGGUUUUCUAAUGGCUCCUGGAGAAGAAGAAGGUUCCAGCGAGCAUCAUGCAGACUGGUGCUGAUUGACUGAACGACCUGCUGUGAGCCUGCUGAUGGCGCUCUGGGCUGCCUUGCUGUGGAAGUGCUGGAUCCACUUGACUCUGCUGCUCAUCCAGGUUUCUUUACCUGAAGUUACAGCUUCCUGUCAUAUCCUGAGGUGUAACUCGGAUUUUGUGGCUGCAACGCUGGACCUGGGCAGCAGCAGUAGUGGCAGCGGCGGCGGGGCAGCAGGAGGAGGAGCAGCAGCUGUCAGCAGGCAGGCGGCGAACGCCGGUUACUGCAGCGCCCUGCGCUCGUACGCCAUGUGCACCAAGAGGCUGUCGCGAGCGUGUCGUGGUGACCUCGCUUACCACUCUGCGGUCCAAGGAAUCGAAGAUCUGCUCAUCCAGCAUCGCUGCCCCCGGGUCGGGCCCACGGCACAGCCCCGGGCCCCCCCUGCUGAAACGCUGUCGGGGGACACCUGCCUGUAUGAGAGGAGCUUCUUCAGCAGGGAGGGGCAGACACCCGAAUACCUGCACUGCAGCGUGUUCGGAGACCCGCACAUCAGAACUUUCAACAAUGACUUCCACACAUGUGCCGUUCCGGGGGCGUGGCCUCUCAUUGACAAUGAGUAUCUGUACGUACAAGCCACCAGCUCACCAGCCAGGGGAGGCAUGUACGCCACAGUUCUCACCAAGAUCACCAUCAUCUUCAAGAACUGGCGUCAGUGUAUCGACCAGCAGCUGUACCAGGCCGAACUGGACAACGUCCCCGCCGCCUUCGCUGACGGCUCGAUGUGGAGCGGCGAGUGGCGAGGUCAUCGCAGCCUCACGGUUCGGUCUCUGAAUCCCGGCCGGCACGCCGAGAUCCGAGCGGUGCACGUCGGCACGGUCUUGGUGGUGCGUCAGAGCGGCCGCUCGCUCGGCCUCUCAGUCCUCUCGCCACGUGGCGUCGUUGAGGCGUUCAGGCCUGAGCAGGACCUCCAGCUGUGCGUGUGGGGCUGCCCCCCCUCCCAGAGACUCAACACGCUUCACCCACCACCAUCAGACCCUUUGAUGUCCACCGCCAUCAGCGCUGAGGACCACUGCGCGGCUCUGCUUCCAGCUCGAGACGUCUACUAUCAGGCCUGCGUGUUCGACUUGAUCGCCAGCGGAGACCUGAACUCCAGCAUGGCCGCUGUCAGUGCACUGCAGGAUGCCCAAACCAUGAUCCCAGACAGGGAGGGGGUUCACCUGCUGCUGGUUGGAUCUGCAGGGCACACACGACCUCACCUCACGCUGCUGCUGCUGCUGCUGCUGCUUAGCAUUUUGGGAACUCUUAGCAGGCCCUGAGAAACAGGAAGUGACCUCAGACUGUGAAGCUGAAGGAAAUGUUUGGAAAAUUUCCCAAACACAGCACCUGGAAGAGGACCUAAACGUGACGUCCCAGACGCUGACAUCACUGCUGACACCUGAAGCUGGUUUCAUGGUCCCACAGAGGAAGCUCCCGUGCGGGCGUGGCCCGUCUGCCUGUCUUUGUGCUGUUGUUGGUCCGUUAGCUAGCCACGGAGAAAAGUCAAGCUCUAAAACACAAAGAGCUGAAUUGAAACUGAGAGUGUCACUGCAGCCUGUUUGUUUCGCUCUUUGAACUUUAUGCUACGGUUCUCCCGUUAAACUCUUUUUUCACUCCCUCUUGUAUCCAGACCAGUCGACAUUAGGCAGUUACUCACAUCAUGUAAUUUCAGCAUUGCGCUACAUCUUGGAGGACUGCAUGGAAGUGUGUCUACCGUGGAUGAAAACCCCACAGAGACAUUUGUGGGACCAUAAAACCAGCAGAUGGCGUCCUGAUGGUGACAGUCUGGAUGGAACGGAGCCGCUUGGAAACUUUCCGGGGCCGCAGACUUUAAUCGGAGCCCCGAAUGUUUGUGGAUCACUGCAGCUGAUCCAGAACCUUAAAAAAAUCUGUGUGCAAAAGAAAAAAGAAAUUCAUUUAGCUGCUAAUUAACAAUCUGAUAAUAAAGAUUUC